UAAACGCCUCUUUGACAUGGCAUUAGAUUAGAGUCCUUGUAUAUAACAGCCGACGAUCCCAAUUCUGCUUGCAGAUCACACACUCAUUCAUUCCUUCUUUUUUCCCAGUCAUUCUUUACUGUUCAUCACGCUCUUUAGCAAUAUGAAGUCGAUCAUUACCUUUGCGGGCUUGGCCUUUGCCAGCUUCGCCGCUGCUGGCCCUUGCAGGCCUCGCACAACAACAACAGCUGCUGCGGUCUCUUCCUCCACCGAGAUCGCAUCCUCCACUGCUACUGAGACUGCUGCUGUUUCUACCAGCACGGACUAUUCCGUCCCUGUUGUCUCUGAGAGCUCCACUCUCGCUACAGUGAUUAUCUCGGAGACUAGCGCUACUGAGACAAGUGCUGCUGAGACAAGCGCUACUGGCACCACUACUGCCGAGACAAGUGCUGCCGGUACUACCACCGCUGAGACUACCACUGCUGAGGGCACCACUACCGCCGAGGGCACCACCACCGCUGAGACUACCACUGCUGAGGGCACCACUACCGCCGAGGGCACCACCACCGCUGAGACUACCACUGCUGAGGGCACCACCACUGCUGACACCACCACUGCUGAGGCUACCACCACUGAGGCUACCACCACUGAUGCCGAAACCACAUCCGGUACCGCAACAGAGACCACUACCUCUGCUGAGCCUACUGCAGACCAAUCUUGCGAUAACGCCGGCCUGGAGUAUGCCAUCUACGAGCACACAUUCUACAACUCUGAUCCUCCUCAUUUCUCCUCCUUCGACCCUACUUUCUUCCAUACCGCCACCCCUACCUUUCAGGGCGAAACCACUCGCAUCGGUAUUCCUCCCGGCACAGCAUCCGACACGUCCUUCGCCAUCUACGAUGACAGCCCCGUUCAGAGGUUCCAGUACAAGGCCGUCAACCACCAAGCAUUCCUCUACGCCCCCGAUACCGGUGACUACAAGGUCACUAUUCCCAACUCCGAUGAGAUCACCCUCAUCUGGUUCGGCACCAAGGCCAUUUCAGGCUGGACUCGCCAAAACGCGGAUCUCGAGCAGGACUACCCUGGUGGCACUUCCAAGUCUUUCACCAUUCACCUCACCGCUGGCACUUACACUCCCUUCCGACUCCUGUGGGCUAAUGCUCAGGGCGAUCUCAACUUCAUCGCUGAGGUCCAGGCUCCUGAUGGAACGGUCAUUGUCAAUGGUGAUGGUAGCAAUAACAGGUAUUUUGUUCGCUUCGCCUGUGAUGAGAGCACACCUUCUUUCCCUGCUUUCGGCGGAAGUGGUUAAACUGCUGCUCAUUUCUAGCGGUACAUAUGGCAAAGUAUAUAGCGCUUCUUACAUGAAGCCCGAAAUAUCUUCAAGUAUAUAGCUAUUUUAAUACAUAACACUCAACGAUAUUACCAUUCUUAA